AUGGACACCAUUACCACAAAUUCAGUGACUAGUUCUCUACAACAAAAGACACCAACUAAAAUAACCAAAUCCAUAAAGAAAAACAACAAACCCAUCAAGGUAGUUUAUAUUUCCAACCCUAUGAAGGUCAAGACCAGUGCCUCUGAAUUUAUGGCACUAGUCCAAAAACUCACUGGUCAGUACGCUGAACCGCCGCCAGAUCCUUCGGAAUAUCAAGAGUUCGUCGGCGAUAAUACCGUUCCUGACUCUGCAAGUGAGAAUAUUAGAAUGGGUUGUGAUGAAAAUGCUCCCCCGGUUGUGGUGGUGCCUCCUCUUGUGGAUUCUGAUGAUCAAGUGAUGAAACCUGGCGAAGGAUGCUCAUACGAUGGUUUUGAUGAAGAUGAACUUUUGACUCCUCAGAUGAUGGAGAAUAUUUGGGAUCUACUUCCAACAAGUGCAUUUUAUGAACCUUUUCAACUUGAUAGCUAUUGA